AUGGUGGUCAUCGGAGGUGAUCAAGGUGAGCAGUGUAUCAUUUUUCCGAAAAUUUACCUUCCCGGUCCGGGAGCCGACCCUGAACUUUUUGAAAGUCAAAGGCGAUUCGACCCAGAAACGGCAAGACUCUUAAAAUAUUUUCGAAGCCUCUACGUUUCGCAACUCGAACCAAUUUUAUUGAAAUUUUUUUCUGAUAAAGCCCGCUAAAGGUGAGCCAAACCCAAAAAAAAGAGCACUUGCUCUUUUUGCCCCGGGUGGCCUCCUCCUCGUCGUUUUCAUCGUAAAACUCGCGUCCUUCUCGUUUUCUCCACCCCAAAUUAGGUUCGUCUCUUCCUGCUCCGACCACGACGACGACGACGACGUCUUCUUUUCCUUCUUUUCUUCUUUGCAUAGACGCUUUUUCUCUCCUCCUCCUCCUCCUAAUCUGGGCCCACUGCAGCAGGCAGCCGGUGCGGGGGGACCCUAAUCGUUUUUUUUUUUCGUCGACGACGACGACGACGACGACGUCUUUGGAGGGGCACCGGGUGAAAUGAUGUGAAAAGGAAGGUACGCGAAAAAGAAAACAAUUUCGGAUUGACUUAUUCGGGUGUGUGCGCGAGAGCUCAUCGUCAGAGGCAGCGCGGGAAAAUUUUUCGCCCACAUGCAGGGACUUUUUCUAAGAAUUCUCGGAAAAGAGUGAUUUCUACUAAAAUGUCGUUCUUGACUUUGGCGUUGAUCUACCUGCCAAGGUUGUACGUAAAUUUUAAAAAAAAAUCGCGCACCUUAGGCCAACGCUUAUUGAUCCGGACCGUGAUUUUUUCCUCAAUUUCGGGUCUGAAAGCAAUCGUUUUAUGCAAGAGAAGAAUUUAAGAGACGGGCCGAAAAUUGUUCCGCACACCCCUGACUUGCGAGCACUUGUGACGACGAAAAAAAGCGUGCGAGAAGUGGGGAGGGCCGUCUCCCAGGAUGUAUCCAUUUCCAACGGCCGUCUCAUCAUCGAUACAUUUUGCUUUUUCGCUUUUUCGCGUGCGCUCCAAGUUUCGACACAACAACAGUAAUUUGUAGGCAAAAACCUCUGCCGAAAAGAGUAAAUAUUGAGGAGAUGGACGGACGGCCGACGCGCGAAACGACGAAAAAUUGGGGGAAAAGACAAGAGAAGUCGAGACGCGCGCUCCCCGUUGGGGAUUCUGAUUCUUCUUGUUGCUGCGCCACCACACAGCUGAAACUGCUCAUCAUAAGCACAAAGCAAACUACGAGUGGCCGGCCAUGUGGUGCUGUUUUUCCGCAACUCUCGCCCAUUUUACUCGCUUUUUACUGCCUCCUCGCUCGCUUAAAUCCACCACCGCGGCUUUGUGCAGAAUGAACGAUGAUGAUUUUAUCGUCUCAUUCCACAUGUUUCAGUCUCUUACGCAAGUAAAUGCGAAUUGCGUCAAACGGGCCGCGCCGACACACAAAACUGUGUUCGUAGUCAGGCCGAGUAUAUAAAUAGAAAAUGAUAAGAAUGAGGGUUGCUCUGGAAAAGUUGCUACACUUUUGUACCGGUUUUUUUGCUGCUAAAAACUCGCUAAAAAAAAUUGCAGGAGUCAAAUUUUACAAUGCACAUCGCUGAAUUGAGUUUUUUGACGUAAAAAACGGAAAACGACACGCAAAUUUGUGGAUUUUUUUUUCAAAUUUGGCUAAUGCGCUAAAAAUUAAUAGACGAAAAAUGCGAUUCUGGCCCAUUUUCUGACAAUAAUGCCGAAAACGCACAUUUUCUAAUCGUUGCCGGUCAAAUUUGAAAUGCAAAUUCAAUAAUAAUCGCAGAUUUUUCGUCAAUUUUGAGCGCAGACAAAUAGCCUCAUUUGGAAAAUACUUUCAAAUUUUAGUACUGCAAUAGGUCUGCUGAAAAACUGCUGUGCUCAAUUUCUUAACCACAACCCCCCGUGAUCCACGUCAGUUUUUUUUUGAUGGCUCUUGAAAAUGACGUGGCAGGUAAAACACAUCCGCCCACUCCUUCUUUCCAACAUCUUCGAGAGCGUCCGCGGGCGCAAUUUCCAAUAUCCUCUCUCCGCUCCGAAAUUCAACCUUAUCUAGUCGACGUCUUCUUCUUCUUCUUCUUCUUCUUCUUUUUUCUUUUCCUUUUUUCCGCUUCGGGUUCUACCCUUUUCUUUUUCCUCCGCAAAGACGAGUUAGACGACGACGGCGACGACGCUCCUUUAACGUCAUGAAAGUUUUCGGCGGACGCUCAAAAAUGCGAUUUUGUGCAUAUUUAAAGUUGGGAGCGCCGCCGUGGGCAACAUUCUCACACGCAGAGUUAUCUUCUUCGUCUUCUUCUUUCUUCUUUCUUCUUUCGCCAACCAACCCGACCAACUUGGCUUCCGUUUUUCUCACUCACACUUCUCUAAACAGCAUGCUUGUACCGUACUCUGUGUGCCACGCAACAUUGUAGACCCACGUCCGCCACGACAACGUCUACAACUUCAACGACAAAUGCCGUCGCUCACUGUCAGCGCUUCAGAAGAAGAAGAUCAGGAAAAAGAGGUGACCGUGUGUGGUGAAGUCGUUCGUGAAACCGAUGCGAACGGCAAACAGACGGUGACGCGGCGCGAGGUCUCUGUCGAGCGACGCCUCAAAGUCGACAUUCCGACGACGUUGUCCGUCGAGGAGCCACCGACGAAGGAAUGUGAGUGUUCUCUCAUCAUGACAAUGCAUGCUUCUUCAUAAUUUUGCUUGGUACUGCUUACCUGACCGGUUUUUUCCACAAGGACCAGUGUGAGUCACGGUGUUUGUUUACCUUGUACUUGUCGAUGUGACUGAAGACGUGUAACGAACAAAACAUUUCAUUUCGAAUUCGAAAAAGAGUUUCGCGAAAAGUCGCCUUUCUAGAUUGAAUAUUCCUCGUGUAUUUUGCAGAAUUGUCAAAACUCGGCUCGUUUUAGAAAUUUUAGACAAUUUGAGUGUUUUACUGAAAAAAACACGUAGGAAUGAUGACAUGGCCGAAUUUUUACACAGCGGCCGAGGCCUAAGUCUAGCGGGCUAGCCUUAGUUCAGUCUCUCAGAUUUUACGAUUUUUGACUUAGGCCUGCAAUGUUUUUCCCAGAAAAUACGAUUUGACCUACGAAUUGUUAACUAGUUGCUGUAAAUUUCGUUUUUCGCGCGCGCGUUUCUUGUAUUUUGUCCUCGACCGAUGCAUGCUGAUUCUCAUUCGGUCACACUGCACUUUGUUCGUCGUGAACUGUCCGCAUUAAUCGCCUCUGCGCCCGUCCUUCCGCGGAUUAUUUCGUCGAUGACAAGUUUUGUAGCACUAAACGUUUUGUGACCCUUUCAAUCUUCUCGCACGAUCAAUUGUUUCUUCAAGAGUUUCUGCAAAACGAAGAGAUUGUAUCUUGCGUGUGUUCUUUCCGUUUCGGACAUUCUCGUCGUCGCGGCGCCCGCCGUUUGAGCGAUAAGAAGAAGAAGAAGUAAAUUGGGUGGAAAUUGGACGGCGACGUCGUUUUUUUCCCCCUAGUUUUACUCCCCAAUGGACCGCCCGAUUGACGUCAUUCAUUGCGGGGUUUCGGACCGUCUAUUUGCCUGUUUCAUUCACAAAAAAGAAGUGAAAUGUUUGCGUUCUUCUCGUCUUUUUCCCCUCUCUCCCUCUCUCCCAUUAUCGCACUUUGAAAUUGAUUCAGUAUUGCAAAAAUUGAACCUUGUACUUACCGGCGGCCGCAGAAAACUGAGACUGUCGCAAUUUUAGGCCCGUUUUUUUCGCUUUUUCCUUUCGAAUUCGUUCUUUGUUCGUUUCUUACGUCAAAAGCUCAAUUUAGCGAUGUAGAAACGUCAAAACACGAAAGAACGUGUUGAAUAGCUCCUUAUAAUCGAAAAUAAGUUAAAUUAGUUUGAAAACCGUUUACCGAAGAGUUUCGUAAAAUUUUGUUGAAUGUAAUAGUUUUAAACCAGUUUCUUCUGUUAAAAACCCGAUUACAUUAACAAUUUUCAGCCCUGGACUCACCGUCGGGAAGCACAUCGCGCGCCGGUUCGUCGGUGUCGGCGACCGCGAGUCCAAUGCACCGGAACACGACGUCGCAGCACGGCGGACUGUUCGUCUCGGCGCCCGGCAAAAUCAUUUUGUUCGGCGAGCACGCCGUCGUCUACGGAAGGGUACUUUUCGCCUAAAAAUUGUGCGCACCAACUGAUUUCCUGUUUUUUAGACAGCGAUCGCGGGUUCGAUUGAUUUGCGCACGUACGUCUCGCUGUACACGUCGGCCGACGGCCGCAUCUACCUGUCGCUGCCCGAUUUGGGCGUCGAGAAGACGUGGAUGCUGAAAGAUCUGAUGAAGGCGGCCGAGCGGCUCGCCAACGAAUAUCCGAUCGAGGAGGACCAGCCGCCGUCGCUCGAGGUGCUUGUGCCGAUCGCCCGCAAAUUGUCGGGCUCGUGCGAGGAUCAGUGCGGUGUGCAACAUCUCGCCAUCCUCGCCUUCUGGUACCUGCUGCUCGGUGUCGCCCAUCGCAAGAGGUGAGUGAGAGCGGGCAAAAACUCGGGCAAAAACUGGUAAAAAACCUGUGAGAACCGAUUUUUUUUUACCUUUUAGCACGCGCACGGUCUCCAGCCACGAAAAAAUCAGUAGUUUGUGCCCAUUUGUGUUCGUAUAGAACGAAUGAAUAGGUUGUGAAUUUUCGGCCUGGCCCGCAUCUUUUGACUACCAAAAGCAGGAAAAAAAAUCAAUGGUUUCGCUCUGGAGACCGUGAUAUCGGUUUUUUACUAGUAUUUUAUCCGACUCGAUAGAACGAUGAGAAGAAGAAGAAGAACCGCUUACUGUGUAUGUGUGUGGUGAUUUUUUCUAAGUUUACCAUAUAUCUCUGCAAAAAAGUGAGCUCUCUAACUAACCACUACCCUAUGAUCAUGUUGUCAUCCUCCCUGCCUAGUGCCGUCCAUCCCUGGUCUUCCCCGUUAGUGAGUGACGUGUGCUCAUUCGUUUUGCAGUGGACUUCGCCGACUCGUGCGCGGACUUCCGGCUCCACCGCUUCCCGAAGGACUCCAUCGAACGAAUCUGUCGGUGAUCGGAGGCGGCACCGGCGCCAACUAUGGUCAGCUGCAAGAGCGCUCGGAGGCGGAGAUUGCGCUCUCGCUGCCCGUCCCGCCGUUGUCGCCGCUUCCGUCGCCGGGCGCCCAGCCGAUGGCACCGCCCGCGUUCCCGUCGAUGUCGCCGACGCCGACGCCGAUUCCGAUUCCGACGUCGCCGUUUGUGCUGCCGGGCAACGUGCGCGCCGACAGCCCCGCCGUUCAACAGUGUGUUUUUGAAUCGAAAUAUGAUGGAUUGGUUGUUGUGAUAGUUUUCUAAAAGUCUUGGCAUGUUUCAAUAGAUUUAGACUUUUUAAUCUUUAGCUUUUGCUCAAUCAUUUCACUAUCAAGAAAACCAACAAAAUUCCUCUCUAAACCCGGAACAAGACACAUUUUUUUUGCAGAGACUUGCUGGCCGUCAAAGCGACGGUCCGAUUCAAGCUGCCCAGUUGCGUCGGACUGGGAUCCUCUGGCGCCUAUUGCGUCUGCAUUGCCACGUCGCUUUUGCAGACCGCCGGUCUCAUUCCGCCGCCGAGCAUUGUGGUAAGCGCCGCAGCAUUUCUUUUUGGGCCCUAGAUUUUCGCAUAGCUAAAGAGCGCGUUUGUCAAAUUUUCCAAAAUGUUUAUAAGCACACCGAUUGCAGGCCGACGAGCAAGGAAAUCUGACUUGGGAAGAGGAGCACCUGGACAUGAUUCGAAAAUGGGCGACGGCCGCUGAAUCGCUGAUUCACGGACGUGCGUCGGGUCUCGACGCGGCCGUCUGUACCUACGGUGCGUGCGGAUAUUGUCGGCGUUGUUUUUCGUUGAUUGGUUCCUCUUCUCCUUCCUCUCUAUCUCCUUUUCUUUCCAUCUCCAGAGUGCGGCGGGUGCCCGGGUGUGCCUCUCUCUCUCUAAUUUCUGCUAUCAACUUCCGAUCUCAUCAUCUUGCAGAACCAUAAAAUUUGCAUUUUUUUUUGUAGCUUAGGGCUUAACCAAUUUGUGGGGCGCAUGAUUGGAAUUAAUCCCUCGAAUAUGUUCCCUUUGUUGAUGAUUGAAUUGGGACCUCGAUUAUUAUUAUUAAGGUCCUAUUCAGUCGAGUAAAAAACUGUUUUCUUUUUUACUCGACUGAACAGGCAAUCUCUCUCUCCAACCCCUCUAACCGAGUGUUUGCGGUGUCUGUGUAACCCCAUAUAUUGCCCCCCGGGCACCACUCGACUUGCUCUUCCAACAAACUCUACCACGAGAAGAAGAAGAAGAAGCAGAAGCAGAAGAAGAAGAAGCAAGAGAAGAAAUGUCCAAGGCGGUUCUGUUUUGCAGGCAACCACACGUACCGUGACUACGGCUAUCAGAGUUUCACGCACCUCGGUCACGUCGGAUGCUUUGGUAAAUGAUUUUGUCCGUCCCUCUCCGAAACUCGUUCUUCUUCUCCGUGUCUCGUGUCCGGUGCUCGCAAACGGUGUCGUCUUUCUAAUCUAGACCAGUUUUUCUUGUUCUCAUAACAAUCUUUGUGCAAAAAUGGAAGCAUUGAACGUUUUCGUACUAACGGGGGGAAUUUCACAGUGAACGUGGAAGUGAGAUCACAAUUUCAACAAAGCGCACUCACUUUAAAAUGCCCCAUGUGUUGAAAUAGUGAAGAUUGUCGUAACGCAUGCUGCUCCUGACCUAACCCACUCCUCUCUUCUACUAAACUUUUCGGUUUCUGGCCGCUUAACUCACCCGCCGCCCCGCUCCCUUCGAACUUGGUUUCACCCACCUCUUUCUUCUUCUCUUUUCUCGGACUCGAACCCGUUUCUAUUCUCUACUAUCAUCAGGAAGUGUAGAGUUAUGAAAAGAGUUUACUGCCGCCUCAGAAGUCUGUCAAUCGCGUUCUUACGGGUUUUCACGUGGGAUUGCGGUAGAGCGACAUUGCCAGAUAUUUGAGGAUCUAAUAUAUGAAUCUUAGAAGAAUUGCUUGAAAAGUGACAAGACAAUUUGUGAAUCUUGUACUUAAUUCCGCUUGUCAAGUUGAACCGGAUGAGAUUCUUUCCUGAAACGUUUGACUCGUGUUACUGAAUUUUCAUGAAAUUACAGACACACUAAGGUGGUUUAGUCGGACUAGAAAACCUCUUUAAUGACACGAUUUUAUAAGAGUUAGAUGAUAAUCAUAGUCUUCAAAAUUGUCCCGGCCAGAAGCCCGCAUGCGUUUCUUGACAAUGACGAUGAUGACGGAAUUGGAAUAUAUUUGGAGAGUGCCGUGCCGUCCAUUUUCAUGUGCUCUUUUUUCUCUUAUUUUCUGUGUGUUGUCCAACUCUCAAAUGUUCAACAAUUUCUCAACGAAACGUUUCCAGGAGGAGUCGCCAGUUUCAAGCCGGGACAUCGAAUUGAGCACUUGAAAAAGUAGGAGUUGACGCUUGUUUCCUCGCAAAAUUUCGCCACUUUUAGUCUUCCCGACCUUCGCGUCAUUUUGGUGAACUCGAAAGUGGAGCGGAACACGGCGCGGAUGGUUCAGACGGUCAAGGAGCGGUUAAAGAAGUUUCCCGAGGUGGUCGAGGCGAUGUUCGGCACGAUUGACGCCAUCUCGCUGGAGGCGGCCAAGGUGUUGCAUCGUCCGCUGCUCGAGGAGAACGGCGGCGGCGAUCAGGGAUCCACUCUUCAGGUACCGCAUCUAAUAUAUCGAUGAAACAUGUGAAAACUGAUUUGUUUUUGGGACAAAAUUAGUGUCGGUAAUGAAAAAGCACGUGAACAAUAGGCAUUUUGAGAGUCCGAGUUUAUGAGCCGUUUUAUUUGAAUCUUAAAGUUGAACGCUUGCAUUGUUUUUGCAGGAAAACGGAUUGGGACCGUUUGGCGGAAGUAUGCAGGAGCAGGACCAUCACUCUCUUCAGGUAUUGUCGCAUCGCACUUUUUGUCUCGUGUCUCGCCCCGCCCCGCCCCCAUUUUUCAGUUUUUUGGUUUGGUCAGUCAUAUCCAUUUUAGCGUUCCCAACAGACGAAUUUCAGUGGCUUUUGUCUGGUUUUUUUCUUCGAUCUCUUCGAUACUUAACAUAUUUUGGGUCCAUUUCUAGAAUUAGGGCGUGGCUUGGAGCGUUUUUCGUGUAAUUUUUGUGCUUGAUUUCUUGAAAAACAACCUGUAUUUGUCGGGAAAUGAAAAACGGAAAACAGAGGCGCAUACAGCCUGAAAAACAGUUUCAAAAUAAAAGUACCAUAAGCCACGCCCCGUGUUUGAUACCAUUGACAAUAUAAUUAUCGUGUCGGCCCCUGUCCCAUCCCCAAAUCGAAGCAGCAGCCGAGCGUUGGAUUGCAGCCGACACGCACCGCCUCCGUGCGCUCCUCGUCGCUCUCCUCGUACGUGGGCGGCGGAAAACGACACUCGUCGGCGUCGGUCAUUUCGGCGACGUCGGAGAAGGGCGAGAAUGUGGACACGUUCAGCCGGCUUAAUGUGAGUGAAUCGAGAACAACCACUUUUGGUUUUGUAUACUUUGCCCGGUGUUUGUUGCUCAUUUUUCAGUUAUCAUUCAGAAUUUAAGUUGUUUUUUUUUUCGGGUCACUGUGUCCAGAGCUGUAUACAGCUCUGACUGUGACGUAGAAAAGAUGACAACAACGAAAAAACUUGUAUUUUUAUGAAUAAAGCAUGUUUUACCCGUUUCUCUCCUUUGCUCCCCCUAUCUAACCCAUUGUGCGCGUUACUUCUCUAUUCAUUUCAAAAUGUUGCAGGAACUGUGCCGGAUAAACAACCAGCAACUGAUCGCUCUGGGCGUCGGCCACCCGAAAGUCGAUCUGAUUUGCACGACGCUCGCCAGAUACGGAAUUCAUCCGAAGAUGACGGGCGCCGGCGGCGGCGGAUCAGUUUUUGCUUUCCUCAAACCGAGUGAGUUGGCACAAAAAGUGUUUGGACGUUUUUUCUUGGCCAUCUCUGUUUCGUUCGCGGCGGGACUAAUUUUAGGAGACAAUGCGAAAACGCUCGCAUCCUAGGCGAUGUUUUUGUGUUUUCCAGAGGAAUUUGGCUGAAUGUGAAGUUCCUACAAUGUUUCUAUAUGUUAUAGUCCCCGCGUUUUCUCAGAACAUUUUCCUGACAAGGUACUAAAAAAAAUCGAGUACUGCCACGAGAAGAUGGUUGUACGCUUAUACCCAUUUGACGAAUUAUGACUAAAUCCUGUCUCGUAGCAUUGUAGAAUGUUCUCUACUAAACAACCGCUAGUCAAUACAAUAUUUCAAAACAAAUGUUUUUGCAGACACGCCACAAACGCUGCUCGACAUGAUCGACGGCGAGCUACGCAGUCAGGGCUUCGAAGUGUGGCAGCCGCCGUUGGGCGGUCCCGGAGUCGUCGAGCAUCAGCGCCGUCCGGAACUGUUUGCGACGCCCGUCUCCCCGCCGAGCCAUUAG